GCAAAGUGCAAGAUAGCUCGCAGACGGGCUUCACAUGCAUAAAUAAUCGUCUUGUUUUCAAAUGCGCCGUGAAGUACCGCGACCGCGCCUCCGUCAAAGUCCGCAGAACCGGAGAUAGUUAUUCCGCGCCACGAUGUGUCGAGGGGUCGGCGUUACACAGUAUCACUGGCAAAUGUGUGAACUCUCUCGUUCAUUAUUAUUGGCGCAGCCGCACUUAAAGAUAGCGUAAAAAGCAUUUAUCUUAAACACAUGUACAAUAUCGUCUCGGUUGAUAAUAGACGCAGACGGAGAGAAAGUGACGCCGAGAUUCUGAACUUUGACGAUAUAGUUUGGCUCAAGGCACAUAUAAGGAAAAGCAGUAUCGUAACGGCGGAGGAAGUAUGUACAUAUUUGGAGUGCUCGCAAUCGCCACUGUUUUCAUAUUAUACAAUGGCUCGUUUUGAAAAAUCACUCACGAGAGUCGUUGCUUUAGUGACCGCGGAAGCAACUCGUUUUGGAGCUGGCAAUCGAAAGUUCGCCGUAGCUUGCUGCGCUUUGAUAUCGAAGAAGGAGCAUGGAACCAUCGUCGUCACAGAGAAAAGGGCCGCAGCUGCAUAAGAAAAAUGUCGACGAGCAUCGAGGAUCCGUAUCUGCGUCAUCUCUUCGAUGCGGACCCGACGUUCAAUGUCUACAACAAGAAUGUCAUCAACCUCUCGGUCGGUGCGCCCGGACCAGACCUGCUCCAGCAGUGCAGCAGUUUGCUAGCCAAGGCGACGAAGCACAGGCUGGAAGAGGAAGAAAAAGAGGGCAAGUUUUAUCUCUUCCAAUACGGCAUAACAGCGGGAUUAUGGGAAUGUCGCGAAGAAUUGGCGAAAUUUUUAACUCGCCGCUAUGGAGAUCCCGUGCAGCGUGAAAAUUUGAUUUUGACUUGCGGCGCAACUCACGGGCUUCAGCUGAUACUGACAAGUGUCAUGGCACCAAACGGCGUUAUUUUCGUCGACGAAGUUACCUAUAUGAUUGCACUCGAUGCUUUCAAACAGUUUCCAAUGAAGAGAGUUGUUUCUGUUCCGAUGAAAGAUGACGUAGUGGAUUUGGACGCCUUUGAAAAAAUAGUGAAGGAAGAGAAACGAAAGAGCUAUACGAUCGGCAAUGACAAAAUUUUCUGGGCGAUGUACUACACAGUACCCACGUUCCACAAUCCCACCGGGAUGUCAUUGUCACCUGAGAUGUCCAGAAGGUUGGUAAAAAUGGCACGCGAAAACUGGUUCGCCGUAGUCUGCGACGACGUCUACAAUCUUUUGCAUUACGAGGCUGAGUAUCCACCGCACAGACUGUUCAAUUACGACGAUCCGAAGGAUCCAGAUUACUACGGUGGUAACGUCAUCUCCAAUGGCUCGUUUUCGAAAAUUCUUUCACCAGCCAUUCGUGUUGGCUGGAUCGAGUGCGGGCCUCGAGUCGCUAAUAUUUUGAAAGACUCGGGCAUUUUAAAAAGCGGUGGAGCCGUCAACCACUACGUGUCGGGUUUGAUAGCGAGCAUCUUACAACUCAAGCUAGAAGAUGAAUAUUUGGAUAACUUGAUAAGAACUUACAGGGAAAGAAUGAAAGCUCUGUGUAAUGUAUUGGAUAACCAUUUGCCAAGUAAUUGUUCCUACCGACAUCCCGAAGGCGGUUAUUUUGUUUGGAUCAAACUACCAGAAGACUUCGAUGCGCUUCCAUUUAUGAAGUGGUGCCAAGUGGUUCACAAAGUAAUGGCUAUACCUGGAGCCAGAUUCUCGAAUCACGGAAAAUCGAAAAACUACAUAAGGGUCAGCAUUUCUUUUCACAGUGCAGAGACCAUUGCAGAAGCGACCAAAGUACUGUGCAACGCCAUUACUGAAUAUACGCGGACGAAACUCCUACAGAGCAAAAUUCAAACAAAAUUGUGAAAAUAUAAGUAUUAUGUAAAUAUAUAUUAAUGAUUAUUGUUAUAUCAACAAAUUGUUAUACGCAAUAUUUGCUAAUGAAAAGUUUAUACAUAAAAACUUUUUGCUAUAGUUUCUUUUGAAUAAAGAUGUUCAAGUAUUGAUUUACUAUAACUGUAAAAAAAAUGUUAAUUAUAUUUUGUACUUGCCAAUAGAGAAAUUUCGUUUAGUUGUAUUGGUGUGCUUUUAUCAGCUGAGAUCUGAUAAGUAAAAAAAUUACUAAGAAGAGUAAAAAAAAUUUUACACUACUUUAGUAGUUAGAAAAUAUAUAUUGAAAAAUUAACUAUAAAUCAAGGUUGCUCCGAAUAAAUUCAUAAAUACAAA